AUGUCUGUUUGGUGGCUCGGUAUAUCCAGACAAAUUGAAAAUGUGGUUAGAAAUUGUCCGAGAUGUGCUGAAGAACGACGAAAUCCUAAGGAAACGUUUUUAAAAGAACCAAUACCCGAUAGGCCUUGGCAAAGCGUGGCUGCAGAUUUGUUUAAAUUAAAAAAGUGGUAUCUAAUAAUCAUCGAUUAUUAUUCGCGAUUUUUUGGGAUCUUUGAGUUAGCCGACAUGAGAGAAGAUACUAUUAUCGAUAAAUUUAAAGAAACCUUUUCACGUUAUGGGAUACCACAAGUUGUACGUACCGACAAUGGUCUUCAAUUUCGAACUAGUUUUAACAAUUUUGCAAUGACUUAUAAAUUCAAACAUAUUACUAGCAGUCCAUAUUUUCCACAAUCAAAUGGUUGUGCCGAAAGAGCUGUUGCAGUAGCAAAACAGUUAUUAACCUUUAGGGGGCCGGGAUUUUAG